AUGAACAAGCGCACUAUUCUCUUCUUAACAAACAGUGAGCUCGGCCAGGCCUCCGUCAUCUUAGCCGUCGCUCACGAAUUCCUCCUACGCCCCGAGUACGACGUCCACAUCGGGUCCUUCCCAGCCUUGUCGCCCUCCAUUCAAUCCCUGAAUACCCAAGCACAAGCAUCCACUCAACAUAUCGCAACAUUCCACCCGCUGAGCGGACAGGCCAUGAAGGACGCAUACACCGACAAACUCGGCGGCGCGGACACCUUCGCGGUCCACGACAUCGGCUGGAAAGGCGCCUUGCACGCGUACCGGUCCGUCCUGGUGCACGCCAUGGCCCCCUGGUCCGGACGCGAGUACAUGGCCCUCUGUCUCGAGUGUCUGCAUGUGGUGCGGGACCUGCAGCCGGCGGCCGUGGUCGUGGAUCCGCUGUUUGCGCCGGCGCUGGAUGCCUGUCGGGUGGCUGGGUGCGCGUAUAUCGUCCUCAGUCCGAAUACGGUGAAGGACCACGUCGUGCAGCCUGGCCUGGCGAAUCUGUGGCAGUUCCCUGCGUUGUGCUCUGGAUACCCGUACCCCGUGCCUGUGUCCCUGGUGAUUCCGAAUACCCUGCUGUGUCUUUCCCUGGGGUGGUUGAUGUACAGGUCACCCGAGUUGCGCGCGCUGACCAAUUACCGCAAUACCCAUGGGGUGGAGGGCCCGCUCCCCAGCAUGAUCGUCCAGCCCGGGGACGAGACUCGCUUGCUCAUCCCGUCGAGACCGGAGUAUGAGUUCCCUGCCUACGUGCCUGAGAAUGUCACCAUGUGCGGGCCCAUCCUGCGUCCGUGGAGUGCUCUCAGCCAGGAUGAGGAUGAAAACCACGCCGAGCUGGCGGAGUGGAUGGCGAAGCGUCCCACUAUUCUCGCAAAUCUAGGCUCGCAUGUUACCUUCGACAACGAGAUGGCCAGACAGUUUGCCGAGGGGCUCUCGCAUCUCCUGAAGCAUGUCCCUCAGAUCCACGUUCUCUGGAAACUGAAGUGGAAACCACAGAUCAUCGUCGACGACCGUGUGUUCCAGAGCAUCCGCGGCGCGAUCACCGACGGGCGCGUGCGCAUCACAGACUGGAUACAAGCGGAGCCAAUCUCUCUUCUCAUGAGCGGACACGUUCAAUGUGUGGUUCACCAUGGGGGUUCCAACUCCUUCCACGAGGCUAUCAGAGCCGGCGUCCCGCAGAUCAUUCUCCCCGUCUGGUUUGAUACCUAUGACUUUGCGAACCGCGUCGAGUGGCUAGGGAUUGGCAUUUGGGCGAGCCGUCAGAGCGCUCCGGCUAUCAAUGGAGAGCACUUGGGACGGGCGUUGGUGCGGGUUCUUGCCAGUGGCGACAGCGCUACAUUCGAAGCAAAGGCGAGAAGUAUUGCGGCGCACUUGGGUUCCAAGGAGGGGCGAGUGGUUGCCUGUGAGAAGAUCAUUGAAGUGAUUGAUGCCGGCGAACGAGCGAGCCAAGAUUGA